GCUGCUCCACGCAUUAAAACAUGGCGGAGGCUAAUGAGCCCCCUCCUAUCAACGCCAGUAUUUUCCCCGCUAAACUUUGGCGCAUGGUGAACAACCCGGAAGACGGAGCCAUACGGUGGGACAGCGGCGGGAAGGUCAUCAUCAUCGACCAGCAGCUCCUUGAGACCCGCAUCCUGUCCCCCAGCUCCAUCACCGCAGACAGCUUCAAGACUACCAACUUCACCAGCUUCGUCCGCCAGCUCAACCUGUAUGGCUUUAAAAAACACCAGCCGCGUGUUGAUCAGGGGAAAGCUGAUGAAGCCAGGUCCUAUCAUUAUUAUAGCAACCCCAACUUUGUGCGAAGUUCCCCUCAGCUCCUAAGGAACCUGGUGAGGCUGACUGUGGAAAAUAAAGCCAAGCUUAGUGCAGGACAGCGGCUCACUUCUCGGCUUCCUAACUCGCAAUCAGGCUUCAGCGGAGAAAACACGGACCUGGUAUUAACAGAGAGUUGCUCCUUGCCUCUGCAUCCCUCACAUCAGGCUCAUCCAUACCAUCCCUUUAAAUUCCAGGGGAUGAGACCACAAAGCGGAACCCCAGUCCCACCUAGAUACCUCCACAGGGUUCCUGUUGCAGCUCCUUCCCAUCCUUAUCUUCAUCUUUUGAAAGAGAGACAGGUGCCUUUAUGCAACAACUACACUGCAGUAGCCUCCAACUCCAACAUGCUGUAUGUCCGGAGGGCCCUCCUGCCUCCUACACUCAACAGAAGCCCAGGAUUCAACAGUUUAGAUCAUCCAAAUCACCCUCUUCAACCUGGCUGCUAUGCCCCAGCUUGCUGUCUCUUCCACCCGAACCGUGUGGCACUAACUACUGCAGUCCCCGCUGCUCAGUCGCCCUCUCCUAUAGGUUAUUAUCAGGCAGGAAGUCCUGUGACCGUGUUUGGGUUCAACCGCAACUUACACGGUACAGAAAACCAGGAGGGGGAAAAAAACGACAUUGACUUGGAUGCAGUUUUCCAGAUUGCAGAUGAGGUGAUGCAAACGUCCUCCAGCGUCUGUCUGGUGAAAGUCCAGACUAGAGAGGAACCCGUCUCUGUGCCAGAGCCUUCCUUUGAGCAUGCUGAUGCCAUAUCGUGUGACAACAAUAGGAGCGCUGCUGCAGUUACAAAUAAAAAGGAGAAGCUUGUGGUUUCACAACCUGACCAAAAGGCUGAAGAUGCUAAACACGAGGCUCGCUCUGAUCCAGAGCUCAGUGUGGAUGCUAACAACUCAGCUGAAGAUUCCAGUCAGGGUUAGGAUGAGCAGACCACAUCUGGUUUUUAGAUCUCAACUGACUGAUUCUUUGAGCAUGAAACGAGACGCCCUGGCUCAGUCUGCAACCAGACUUCAGUAUCCACUUUGUUCAUUUCGUCUGCCAGUAAAAACUGUUCUAUUGUUUUGACACAAGCCUUUUUUCUCAUUAUUUUUUUGUUGUUGUUGCUCAGUUGUUGUCCUUACAGUACUGAAAAAACUGUAAUGUAUUUGCCUUAAACUCAUAAUUUUUUUUGUUGAAUGCUGUACAUGCUUUUAAAAACAGUGGCAGCUCUUUUGCAGAAUGGGAUUUCGAAGAGAAAUAAAACUCAGGAACCUUUUUAGGUUUGUAAAGGAAACUCUGUUAAAGUUGAAUAUUUCCAGCUAUAAAUUGCUCGCUUUUGAAGCAGCAGUUACUGGUAUGUCUGAUAUACAUUUCAAGACAUAAAUGUUAUUCAAAAAUAUAAUAAAAAACAAAAUGUA